AUGAACGAUCUGGAAAUGCUCUUCGAAGACGCCGAGGAGCUGGCUCUAAAGGGAAAAGCGUCCAUUUCUCGUGGAUUAAUCACACCUCCGCCAGGAACCGCCGGGUCGACGUUUGAAUUCUUCUCUCCUAUAGUUUGGAAUGUCUUGAGGCUUCUAUUUUUUCCAGCUCCUCGCCGGAUGCUGCUGAUAGCCCACGACCCGUUCCGCUGGCGUCGGCGGGUACCGCCACAGGGUCAGGGCGAAGACGAAGAAGUCGAAGAUGACGAGGAAGAAGAAGAAGUCGCGAGAGCUCCGGUCCCGGAUGAAUCGGUAGGAGCACCUUUUCAGUCCAUAACAGAAGCCUCAAGCCUUUCCAAACUAUAGGAGAAGCUUCAAAAACUCUCCCAAUCAACCUUUAUCAUCUUUCAGGACUCGCAAGAGGAAGAGAUGGAACCCGUCCGAGCAGCUCCUCGUGCCGUCUACCUCGGUCAGCACUGA